AGCGACGAACCGUGGAAUAAAAAUGUUGAGUGUGUCAAAUUCCGGUGUAAUCUGACGAGUCUUAUCAAUGUGGUCUGGGAUCCGGUGUGUUCGACUUUGGUGACUUAUUGCUGUUUUGCAUUGGUGUUAUAACCCUAAAGUGACCUACUAAGGCGCCACAAUGUCUUCCAAGACGGACUUUGACAACUCCUCGGUGUACUCGAAGGAGUUGAUCAAGAACACGCAUCACUUCCUCGAACUCGAGGUCGUGGCCAAGACCUUCUCGAUUGCAGUUUGGCUGACAUUUCCUAUUCAAAUCAUGAUGAUUGUCAUUGGUUAUUUGUACAAAAAUGAAUGUCCCGCGGAACCUCGUCUGGCCAGGUUCCUGUUCUUUGGCGGAACAGCCGGAACCGUGGUGAUUAUGCUUAGGUUGAUCACCUACGUCCAGUGGAAGCGAUUGCAACACCAAUAUGGAAGAUUUGACGUCAAUACGCAUCCGGGUUUGAGCUUGGUCCAAGCGGUGACCUACGUGUUUGUGGUGUUCGUGAUCUGUCUUUUCGUGGAUGCCACACGAUUCAUCUUCACCAUUUUUCCGGAUCUUGCACAUCCCGAGUCUGAGCGUUUUUGCCACCCUAAUGCCUACUACGUGGUGUACGUCUUGGUCAUUGCAUUUGAUGCGAUCUUUGGCGUUGCGAUUCUGCUUUGGCUCACCGCCAUGGUUCUAGGUGUGUGCAACCCAGAUUUUUUGGUCAUGUAUGGAUAUUUCCUGGAUGAAUCCGAAAUGAAGUUCAAUGUUCGAGAAAAGAUCCGGAAGCGCCGGAAGAAACAUUCGAAAGAGCAUCUCAUGGCCAACCCUGCAGCCGCCAAACGAAGUGCCCUCGAUUCGGAUGAGGAAAGGGGCUCCACAACAGCGUCCACUACACCAGAAAAGCGAAUCUACAAGGAGCCCAAAUCUCAUCAGUACCAGGCCAUCCAGUCCGAUGAAAUUAAUCCAAACAGCAAGCUGAAGUCACCCAAUGGCUCUCCGGACAUUGUGGAUGGGAUGGCCAACGGAGAGAGCGGAAAAUCUGUCCCCACCAAAGGCCGGUUUACCUUGACUCCUCCUACCCCAGAGGAGGCUUCCCCAUUAUCCUCGCGGUUCAAAGUGAAGCCCGUCCAAGUGAAGCCCAAUCCCGUCUACGGUGUGGAGCCUUUAAAGGACACUUCCUUCGAGAAAGGUGGCGGAGGGGGCGGCAAUAACAAAUCAAGGAUGGCCAAGUUUAAGGUCAAGCCUUCGGACUUCAGUGACUUUGAGGAUAAUCUCGACGGAUAUGACGAGGACGAUCAGUCCAAUCUCAGCAUUGUUAGAUUCUCAAGUGCCGUCAACUCGAGGCGGAUAUCGGUGGAUUUCGUGAAUGAAAACCGUCUCGAUAUAACCAAGUUCCCCUCUGGACCUCUAACACGCCAAAACAGUAACAGUGAGAGACUGGGCUCCGAAGACGUGGCCGAGGCUGGGGAGGAUGACGAUGAUCUGACGUAAUUUGUCCAGAAACCUGGGCUGGAAAUGUAACUUAAUUGAAGAGUUUGAUUGUGCAUAUACAAAACAAACAAACGAACGUUGAUUUCCAAAUAUCUGAAAUAUGCCACCAGUUGGUGACCAUGCGUUGGAAUAUAAAGUGUAUUCAUAACCAUGA